AUGUCCACGAAAGCUCAACCAGGCAUCCCUACUGCGAAGGACGCAGAGGAACAAGUUGAUAGCGACACGAAGUUCAAGAUCCUUAGAAUUGUAGACAUGGUUUCUGUACGCAAGUUGUUCAUCAUUUGCGCGAGUGAGGUGUAUGAAGAGGAGGAAGACGACGAGGCGUCGGUAGAGGGAGAGGGCGGCGGUCCGGUUGUUGAGGCUCCGCAAGGAAUAGAAGAGGGGGGUGAAGAUGGAGAAGACGAUGAAGAGGAGGAAGUGCUGAGUGAAGAUCUUGAUGAGAGUCUAGAGGAAGAAGACGGAGAAGAAGAAGAAGGAGAUGAAGAAGAAGGAGAUGAAGAAGAUGAAGAUGAAGAGGGAGCUUCAGCACAAGAGGAAGAACACCCCACAAUAGGACAUAAACGCGAACGCCAGCAGCAGCAGCAACUGCCAGAGGGAGAAACAGAGAACAAUGCAGAACAAGAUGACUCUCAAGAAGGCAGUGAAAGCGAUGAUGAUGUAGAAGAGGUGGAGCCAGAAGAAGACGAUGAACAGCUCGAAGCCCAAAGCACAGAAGACGUCGAUGAUGAAUCUGAGAAUGUUGAAGAGGAAGAAGAAACUGCACAGGAACCCCAGGCCAAGCGGGCCCGCACUUGA